UUUUUUUUCUCUUUUUUUUUUUUUUCAUUUGUCAGAUUACAUUUAUAUACAUAUAUUCUAAAAACAAAUUAUUAUAUACACUGUAUAUAUAUUCUUACAUUUAGAAUGCUCCAAUGAGGAAAAUGUGUGUAUACAGCAGGUAAAAUGAGUAUCAAAAUGACAGUCAUCUAGGGCAUGGACAUUGUAUCAUAGUAUUCAAAUUGAAAUAAAAAAAAAAAUAAAUAAAUAAAGAAUAAAUCAUAUUAAAAGAAAACCCCAAUAUUUAAAGGUUUGAUAUACAUAAAAAAUAUUUAAUACUAUUUUUCUCUGUUUCUUAAAUAGCAUUCUGUUAGUUAAACUUUACUGUGACAUUUUGAAAUUAAUGUAUUUUAUAUCAGUAAUGCUGGUAUCCAAUGUUGACUGCCUGUAAUCAGUUUAAAGUGAUGUAAUUAGAUACAACACAAUUAUCCUUGUCCCAACCCCACACAGUUUGCCGUCAGGCACCAGUAACAACGGACGUCUGCUCCACAAAAGCCCAGUAAUUGUAUCGAAACUGUUUUAUGUACAUAAUAUGUUGCAGCUAAACACGUACCCAUAAUCAAAUCUCUUUCCCGCAGGUAAUUGUCAAUUAAAAAAAUUCAGCUUGUUUUUCAAGAAAAAUAAGGAAGAUGGCAAAUAAUGGGAUGCUGGUUUUGUAAAAAUUUGAUUGAUGUAAAAAAAACCAAUAACCAACAAAUGAAUGCAUUUGGUGAUCCUAAUCUAUCUUUGGAAAUAAAAAGACUUCUACAAUUAUGGUAAGUGAGGACAGUGAGAGGAAGCUCUGCUCAAGUUGAGGUGUGAUUUGGGUCAGCCUUCGUGGGAUGUGGCCUCUAAUGGGCCGUGUGGACCCCUUGACUAUUCUAGCAUGAAAGCUUUGUUAGUUCAAGAAAUCAAUAUCACACUGCAAAGCUGGAAAUUCUGCUCUACCAUUAUUGAUGCUGGCACAGAGAGAGGUUGAUGUUUAAUGGGAAUUUUCUGUCCAUUUCAGAUACAUGUCGGGUGAACUUUUCCUUUAGGUGUAAAUUUGGUUCUCAUCUGAACUCUCUGUAAGGAUGACGUGGUGGCUGUUGAUGGUCAUUUCCUGUGUGCUUUGUUGUCUGUCGGAGGCCAGACCUCACGAAAAGAAACAUGGCAAGUUGUACAAUGACCCAGGUUACAUUGGCUAUUGGAGACCUCCAGCCAUCAACAAAAUCUACUUUCCUGAAAAGGAAACCAAAUCUUCGGAAACAAAGGGAGAUAAAUCUGUUGGUUCUGACAUACUUAAAAGUGUGAAUUUGCAUAAAAUUGACAAUGAAGUGAAAGCAAAGACAACAGUUAAAUCCUUAGCAAAGCAAUCUCCAACAGUGGUUCCACAUCACCAAAUGCAGACACAACACAAUGAAGAUGUUAGUCCAAGUCAAGCUCCACAGAGGGACAAGGAGAAGGUGAAAAGCUCCAAUCAGCAUAUGGCAGAGGAAAAUCAUAAAAUUACAAGUGUCAAACUGAUGAUAAAGGAUGAGGGCCCUUCAUCGAAAUGGAAUGAUCAGAUGACAGAGGUAAUCAAGGAUGUGUACGGUGGGCAAUUACCGUAUUCUGAGACCGAUGUCGUGUUACGAGAUGACAGUGAUCAGAAUGAGGCAGCGAUGAAACAUACACAGGGGGAUAUCCAAUCACAGCCGGAAGCUACUCCGUCUCGUGUUACGAAAGAUAAAAUUCCUCAGAAAACAACACAGAAACCCAAUACGUUAUCAAAACUCAAAGACAAAAGCAAGGAAAGUGUGAAAGAUGAUUCUAUGGUGGGAGUCAUUAAAAAAAUACAGGAAAACCGGGACUCUGAUAGUUUGCCAAAGGCAGUCACCAAGCACCAAGUCAGACCUACCCAAACAAUAAAACCUAUGGUGACGGAGUUGCCCAUACAGAAGAAGGGGCUCACUAGUGCUCCAAAGCAGAAAACUGAAAGGUCAAAGGUCAAAAUUUCUUCCACCACAGCAGCACCCUCUACCAGGCCAAAUCCACCAACAACUAGACCAACCAGAGUAACACCUGUAUCAGACAGAAAGAAUAAGAGGAAGGAAGCUAAGCACAUCUUAUCUAAACCUCACGUAUCCUGUAAAUUGGACCUUGACUGUCCGUCCGGUCGAGUGUGUCAAAUUGGAUUCUGUGUGUGCGGGGACGAGACCCUUUGCUCUAAUCACGCCCACGCGGUGUGUGGUUCCGAUGGGGUGGUGUACCCCAGCCACUGUGAACUCCACAGGCAUGCCUGUGUGAAGCAGAAACACAUCAAGAUCGACUCUGGGGAAGCCUGCGCCAGUCAGAAGGAAACUCCACAGAUCAUUCAGCCCGCACGGAACAACAAGAUUGUCAGAGGUGUCCGAUGUGAGUAUCGGGUGCAUGAGAAACUGGAAGGGGUACUUUGGGGGAAACAGAUAGUAACAUCUAAGGCCAGUUCCCGGGACAACUGCCUUGAUCGCUGUGAACAACAUAAGACAUGCAUAGGAUUUGAAUACGCCACAGAGAGUGGCCUGUGUGCAUUCUUUGAAAGUGGGCAAGAUGUCACCUACUGGCCUAAUCCCAGAAUGACCUUGUAUGAGGUCAUUCGCUGUAAACAAAAAUCGGUCAACAAGACGUGUAGUUACGAACAAAUCAAAGUGAACUCUGACAACGUCUUCAUGAUGUGUGACGUAUCGGUCAGUUUUACCAAUGACAUUAUUGACUGCCAGGCGGCUUGCAAGAACUGCAAGGCCUUCACUUAUCGUCAGAACGGGGGUGUGUGUCAGGUUUUCCACGAUGAACUCUGUGUUGAUAUGUUGAAUUCGCUGGGCAAAAAUCACUACAUCAAGCACUGCCACCAAACAGAUACCAACUCCAGCUGCCAUAUUUUGGAGGUUACCCCUGGGAGGUCACCGUACAUGUGCAGUAAGGCGACCAGUACCAUGUCCACUCUCCUGGACUGUCACGACACCUGUCUGCGUGGACACUGUGAAGCUUUCAAGUUCUUGACUAACGGUUUCUGUGAAAUCUACUUUGACAAGUCAUGCAUAGAAAUGUUGGAGAAAGGACGCGAGAACUAUUACGUCAGGAGAUGUGCCGACCCUAAAGAUUGUUCAUACCAUGAAGUGCAGCUGCCAGUCUCCACUCCUUGUGAGAUAAGAUCAGACAAGAUGGAUUCCUUUGAGGAUUGUAGAGAUGGUUGCGAUGAUUGUACGGCCAUUAGAUAUGACUACAACACUGGGGACUGCCACAUCUACCGACAAGAAUCGUGUGUUACGCAGAAGUCCGUUAACUACAUCAAAAGGGACUGUGGUGAAACAAAUGAACCAGUCCUAGUCAGGGUUAAAAGACCAGACGACGAAGCCCUCACAGAACGUCAUCUGAAACUGAAAGACAAUGACAAAUCUGGUUUAAACCUACCCUCAGAAAAACUAAAUCAGAACCAGAAUGUGCCUGAAAUAAAAGUAAGCUUGGAGAAAGUCACCACUGGUUCUAAUGGUCACCACUUACAGACUCCUGUACAGACAGGGGAUUAUUUGAAUUCUCUUGAUCCAAAGAGUCUGAAGGACAAGGUGGAGGAAGCCAUGUUUUCUGAGUUGUGUACCACCCAGGAAUACGUCAGGAUGAAGGCGGACAUCAUGAGGUACCACUGUGUCCGGUUCCAGGAAAAGGACUGCUCCCCCACGGCUCUGUAUGGCAAGAGGGACUAUCUCGCCUCUCUGAUGUUCAGUUACUAUGACAAGAACAUGGACAAUAAAAUCAUCCGAGAUGAAUUGUGGGAAGUGUGGGUGACGGAGCCAUUUCAACGCAUGUUUGCCUCCUGCUCUGUCAUGGACAUGUUCCGCUUUGAAAACAUUCAGGAUGACGAAAUUCAAGAGGAUGAAUUUCUCAAAGCAUUUGAUUUUGAGCUAGCUGCAUACCAGGAAGAAUUUCAGGAAGUUCCAACGUUAGCAACCGUCGGCAAUGGUCUGGAGCUGAGAUGUGGAAUUUCACCGUCCUCUGAGAAUUCUCACUUAAUCUGGAGCAGACAUAACAUCGACUUGGAGACAAUAAGCUUUCCUGGAAUAGCGGUGUUUUCCGAUGGUACUCUGUACUUUGAGAAUGUAGGAGUCCACCAUAUUGGAAACUGGACCUGCUUUGACCAAUACAGACCUGGAUUUAAACAAGUCCACAUGCUGGACGUUAACAUUCCCCCUGUCGUGAAGGUGUCCCCCUCCACCAUGAUCAUACCCGUGAGUGGGGUGGACAUUCAUCUCCAGUGUCAAGUGUUUGGAAUUCCAACCCCCACUGUCCAGUGGCAGUUCAAUGACAAGGUCAUUCCAGUGACCCCAAAUCACUACGCCAGAAUACAUGAUAACGGUACCCUGAUCAUCAAGGACUCUAACUACCAGCGAGACUCGGGGGCCUAUAAAUGUCGUGCUACCAAUGUCGCAGGCAACAAUGAAGACAUUGCCAUGGUGUAUAUACAGAAACCAAACCAAACUGAUAACUUUUAUGGGAAGCACACCAGCAGGCAGGAGACAUUCUUUGUCUUUCAUCAGAAGGGCUAUAAUGCCUACAACCCCAGGGGCUGCUACACCAAGCGCCAGGUGCACAGCAGCUUCGGACACUUGAAGCACGUGCCUGAGGAACUGGACGGGCCGAUCUACCUCUGUGACCAGCAGAAGGAUUGUCUUUGGGGUCAGUCGGUCAACGUGAAGAACAAGUUCUUGUACAUCGCUCAGCCAACCCAACACAGAGUGGUGGUCAUUGAGUCGGCCGAAUCCAUGAAUCCAGUAGAGUUUAUAAACACCGACCAGUUUCCUACUAAGCUGUACUAUGUAGAGCAUUUGGAUGAAGUCUGGGUGUUGUGUUGGAAUUCCAAAGAGGACAAUGGCGGUAAAACCAUCAUCGUCAUCAGAGACGCCAGCUCCGACAUCCGACAUCGCAUGGUUCACACUCAGCCUGUUGGAUACCGAUUUGACUUGGUCCAGGAUGUGUUUUUGCCUCCAUCUAAUGACCUUCACCACAACAUGCAGUAUGGUUAUGUGAUUCACAGUGAGCAGCACACCUUGUUUAAGAUCGAGUUGGAGUCCAUGCGCUACACCAAGGCUGUCGACCUGGAAGUAUUUGACUGUGUUCCCCAGGAUGUUGCCUUCAUACCUCUGGGAGGACACAUUAUUGUAAGAUGUCAGCAGACGAGCUCCAGUGGAAGUAAGACCCUCCAGAUUCUGAUUGACUAUAUAACCGAUACACCUAUUGCCAACAUGACCUUGUCUGGGACCCCCCUAGUGUCACCGGACUCCAAAAAUGUCAUCACUGUGGACAAGGAAACCGGAAAAGUCAACAUUGCCAAGGUCACAGGGAAUGGAGAGAUCACUAAGGUGACAGAUGUGAUGGUGGACUCCAAGGUCAGUGAUAUGACCUUCAUUCCAUCAAACCAUGGUCAUGGCUACAACAUGGUCCUGACGUCUCAGGAGCUGUCAGAAGUGUACUCUGUACAACUGGAUAAUGGGAAGAUCACAACUCUAAAAGAUGUUGGUGAACCACAGAAGACGACCUUGAACCCUUUCACCCCAGUAUCCCGUGCAGUGAUUGGUGGAGAUAUCUUCAGCAAGUACUUUGCCACACCAUCCAAAGAUGCUCUCAUGAUUUUGAAUGGACAGGAUCUUUAUUCAGUAUGUCGGCUGACGGGAUUGAAGAAUCCAGACAAAAUAGGAUACAACAUGGCAGCUUUAGUGUGAGGGGCCGCCUCAAAAGGUGUUUUCAGAUUUGGGGUUAUCUCAAGGGUUUAAAAGUGUAGAAGAAGUCAAUGUUUAGUAGAACACUCGUAAGAUGAGAUGGCAUUUCCUGAUCGGUUGUCUAGUUUUUCAAUAGACCCAUUUUGUGAAUUAUUUUUCAGUCAAGUCAAACAUAUUUAUUUAGUACUGUAAUGCCAGUGUCCCAAACUACAUUUAGUAUUACAAAUAGUUGCAUGUACUACACAGAUUUAGGUUUAAUUCUUCUGAAAAAGUCAAUAAAAACAAUAAUAUUUUUACAAUCAGUCAUUUGAAGAUUGUGAAAAAAUAAAUUCUUUUAAACAUCUAAAAUUAUAAUCAAAUGCAUUUUAAGAUACAUUGUAUAAUCAUUUGCACAAUCUUUCACCAAUAUUCUCACAGUGUAGUUUAUAGAUCCAAUGGCCACAUUCACUGGUCUGCAAAUAUUUUAUAGUUCCAACGCUUAUAAUAUUCUACGCAAACAAAAUCAUUCAAGAGAGUGUUGAACGACAGUUCUUUAAGAUCCUUAUCACGCAAGCAAACUAAUGCACAGGCCUCUAUUGGAGCAUAAUCGACCAAGUUCUACCGCUUCUUAACCACCAGUGUUGCUGACCUUGGUCUUUAUACCACUGGGUUUGAAUGACCUUGGAGGUUGAGUAUAGGGACACAUACAUGAAUUCUAUAAACUUGAAAGUAUUUACCUACGUGACACAUAAAUACAUUUUUUUUCUUGUGAAGAAAUACAUAUAUAUUUAAAAAGUAGUGAAUAUAUUUACAAUUUUGCCAUGUGAUUCAGAUAUAGAAAAUGUCAAUAUAGUUGAACUGCUGUCUAAAGACUAACUAGUACUUGAUUGUAGGAGAUAUUCUGUGUUCUGUUUAUCCCUUGUGUUAGUAUAUGUCAUACAUUGUCUAAAUCGACAUGUAUACCUUGAGGCGUGUGUGUAUGAAAAGUGAUUUAUUUAUUUUUUAUCUUUCCUUAGUUUUCAUAUUGUCUCUUUAAUGGUAACAAUAUUGUGCUAUUGUUUCUAAAAUGUUAUUUGUUAGCUGUAGGCAUUUUUUAUGGCAGUUAAACUACGACCCUCUCUUUAGAAUGGUACAAAAUUUUAAUGAGAAUUAGACAAUGAAAAACUGUGAAAUAGUGAGUCCCGUUGAGCUGUAAGUGGUAAAUCGGCUUCAGAGAGUCAACAAUCAUACUGAAUAUCAUUGCAUGGAGGCAAGUCAGUAGGCCAGAUAGCAGGUGGCUUGGAGAGGCAAGCUCAGAGAGCCUGCUAGCAAGUGCUUGAUUGAUAAAUGUACAUAUAAUGGCUUUUUUCUGUUCAUGCGAUUAUAAAAGUGAUUUCAGAAUGUAUUUUGAAAUUAUGAGUUAAUAAUUUUUCAUCAGAACUGUUUAAUGGUUGAAUUAGAUUAAUUGUAGAAUUAAACAGAAUGGAGAUUAGAAUAUUAGUAUCGAGAAAAAUGUGUAAUAUAACAGUAAACUAAACUGUGUAUAUUAUCUAGUUAAUGUCCAAAUAGUUCUGUAUACUUGAAAUCCAUGAUUGUAAAGAAAUGACUUAUUAUUUUUAUUAUUCAGGUAUAUUUCAAGAAUGGUUUAUGAAUGUAUUGAAUUUUUAUUCUCGGAUGGUUUUUAUAGUUGACGACAUAAGCAGAAUUCAUGAAAUAGAUCAAAUCUUCAACAGCAAUACCACUGGUAUAGGUUUGUCCUAAUGCGACAUAGUUGGACAAAAACUGAACAGAUUUCAAAUGGGAGACAAAUAAUUUUUGUGCCCUACAAGUUUGAAUACACCUGACUGGACAAAUGCUGAAGUUUCACAUAUAGAUUGAAUCUUAUACAUGUACUAUUAAACUUUAUUAGUUUUUAUUAAUUUACAAUCAAUUUACAAUAUUUUUACUUUCAAAGCAAUCAACAUGCAUUAUUUGUGAUUUUGUAUUCAUUUUUUGUCACUUUACAUUUUUUUACCAUAUUUUACCAACUUGUAGAUGUUUUGUAAGGUUGGUUUUUUUCUUCUCUUUUAUUUUUUACCAAUGGUUGUAAUGUAGAUUUAAGAAAUCAUGCUUUGUGUUCAUUGUUCAAUCUGAAAACGAUUGCUUUCGUUAAAUUUGCUUAUUCUUUGUUUUGAAAUGAAACCGGAAGUGAUACUGCAGUGUUUUAACGAUUAGAAUUUAAAUUGUAUGACGUCAUUGACAUGUCAGAUAUGGGUUAUAAGGAACAACUGAAUACCGUCUAAUAUUCUACUGCUUUUUCAUGUUAAUGUUGACUGUUUUCUCAGUUUUUGAUGUGACAUGUUGAGUUAUCGUGUUGCAGUGUUCAAUCAUUCCAGCCUGGCUUGGGAAGUGAUGAGUGAUUCCUUUGUUAAAAGAUAUACAUUCCUUACAACUGUUUGUUUUUGCUAUAUGCCUUUAUUGGAGAAUAAAUUUUUUUGGUGAUUCUAA